AUGGCCAAAUCGCCGCCCGGCUACGACGAAAUUGGUGGGUUGGGCUGGAAUUUUGAAAACAUGGCGAUUAGGAUAUCCGCAGCUACAGGAUCAGCCGCCGGCAUAUGGGUUAUCCAAGCCCGUCGCCAAGAAGAGCCAAGAACCGUUGGAGUUAUAGCAUUCAACGACUCUUGCCCCUACCAAGCACACGAGCCCCGAGAACGGCUGACAAGACGAGCAAAAAUUUUCUGGACCUUCCUGAUCCUGAUGUGUAUCGCAUUAUUGGUGAUCCCCAUUAUAAUUAUAGCCCAUCAGAACGGG